UGACUUUUCAGGGCCAGCACUUGCCGUUGGAACAUCAGUCAUGGACAAACAAAUGUGCUUGUCGAGCAUUGAGUUACUCGCUGCCUGCGAGCCUGGCAUUCUUAGUGCCGCCAUUUUGGAGCUGCUCGAGUUAUCAGCCAUGGCCGAAAAAGCAGAAGGCGCCUUCCAGUUGGCAUGGCUUCAUCGAAUUUUGAACCCGAACCCGGAGGGUUAGAAGACGAAUGACCGCAAAUGCAACCAACCGAGCCUCGAGUGUUGUAUGUGUUCGUUUCCUCCAGCAACUUUUGCUAGCCUCCACUCGGCUGUUCUGGAACUGGGCCUUCUCCUAGCUCUGAUCGACCAAAAUAUUUGGGGACACUAUCGUGGAGGAGCGGUUGAGUGUCACAAUAUGCAUGUGUAUGUUUCGUGGAAGAGAAAGGCUAUUCCCGUGCGUCGAGUUUUCUCGAGGGCGUCUGUCAUUGUCAUUGCAACUGGCGUACUAUUCUGUUCAGGGUGGCCGCAGCGUUGUUCCCGUGCCAGCAAGAAACAUUAUCGCGGCCAAGGCCAGCUUGGAACUAGUUGCCCGGUGCGCAUAAUUAGCGAUGAUGAUGCAAUUAUUGACGUGGUCGAGGGGAAUGGACCCCCACGCCAAUCGCUGGGAAAGGUCAGAGCCAUACGGCUGUGCGCGGCCAGGAAUUCGAGGCUGCUCAGAGGAUGGAACGUUCACACUGCCGGUAUUUGGAUGAAAAGCUGAAAAAGACAGCCCAGGCAGUUUCUUAGGAUGCGAAAGCUGCUGAUUGUCAUCGCCUACCGUAAGACAGGUCACGAAUUCAUAUGAAGAUGGUGCCUUAGCAUC